CUUUUGCAAAAAAUACCAUGUCAAAAGUAGCGCUAGGCGGUUUUACAAAUACACUAAGGCGUUACCCAAAAACUGUGGGUGGAGUUGGCAUCCUAACAACUUGUGGUUUAAUUUUGCUUGAAAAACAAAGAAUACGAAACUAUUUGUCCAAAUGGGUUAAUACCGCACCGUCAGAUACUGAUAAAAAGCGUCCAGAUUACAUAUACAUUAAAUACCAUAUCUAUAAGGAGUCAAUGCGUAAACUGAAACAAAAGGAAGAGGAUGAAAAGAAAUGGGUCAGCGUUAUUAUCAAUCCGAUUGGAAAAUGGUGGAAGUCGAUUAAACACUCGGUAGCCUGGCGUUUGCUGAAUAUUGCACAAACUGGUUCACAACAUGACCGUCUCAAGGCCGUGCGCCAAUUAGCCUGUAUUGAUCAUUUGAAAGAUUGGGACUUCCGCCAUUUGGCACAGAUAUGCGAUGCGCGCACAGCCAUCUCUUUAGCACGUUCCGGCGCAGAUUCACGUUGGUUCGUUCCUGUACAUAUGCGUGGUUGCAUUAAGAAUCCCAAACUUGUGCUCGCUGACUUUCAUGAUAUGCUCGCACGUCUGCGUCCAAACUCAUGUGUCGAUAACUUUUUCAACAAAUACUUUCCCCAACAGUAUCCACAUGAAGGCAUCGAUGAAUUCUUUACGCAAGAUCAAGCCAGUUCGCUUUCUUCACAGGACACUGAUAUGUUGAAGGAAAUUAUUGCCUUCCUGCAUCAUAUAACAAAAGAAGAGGCGGUGGCAAAACAAAUUCUCAACGAGGGUGGUCUGACACAUCUUAUGGAAUUGCGUAAAAUUUUCGCAGAUGAUAAUGAAACUUUGUCUACACUAUGCAAAGUUAUGGCAAAUAUUUCACUCGUUGAUACUAGUGUGGAGCAUUUCUUUGCAUCGGGCUGGAUUGGCGCCUUAGCCGAGUGGAUGAAAUGUCCAGAUUUACGUUUACAAGUGAUUUCUGCUAAAACGAUGGCCAAUCUGGAUCAUGAUGAUCCCAAUCGCGUUGAAUAUCCCCCCAAUGUCUAUCCGUUACAUCCACGUUUGCGCACACGUGCUAAGCCGAAGGCUGAUAUUAUAUUCAUACAUGGCCUCUUGGGUGGUGUCUUCAUAACGUGGCGUCAGAAGGAUCGAAAUCCCACCGAAUUGGGUUUGUAUGGCAAGAAUGCAUUUUACACAAGCGAAACCGAUGAUGUGUUUCUGGUGGGCGAACAGAGGCGUGGUAAUAGUGGAAUUUUCAAAAAUGUAAAUAAUAACAAUAAUGCCAAUAAUGGUAAAAACGGAAAUGGCGCUACAAACAAUACUGUGAAAAAGGAAAAAAUGACUGAUCCCAUACUCAAAGCCGCUAAAAAAGAGAAAAAUAAAACAUUGGGCAUUAGCGACACAGCGACAUUGGAACUUGUGGAAGCAUUGCAAAAUACUGCCGAGCUCGAAUCCGAUUGGGAAGUUGUACAUCCAGACGUACCACUAAAGGCGGGCGAAAAUUGCUGCGGCGAAUUCAGCGUACCUGGUAAUGAGUGGCAAAAUCAGGAUAACUGUGAAGAUUACACCAACUGUUGGCCAAUGGAGUGGCUGCCAGAUGAUUAUCCAAAUACUAGAAUCAUCGGCAUUGACUACACCUCGGCGGUCACUGAAUGGUCAGCAAACUUCACAAAAUACUGUCCCUGCGAGAAGGGUCAAGGUCAAAUCGAUGUACGCGCUACAUCCUUACUUGAUCGACUUUCCAAAUCAGAUAUCGGUAAUGAACGGCCCGUUGUUUGGAUUGGUCAUUCCAUGGGCGGCAUACUCACUAAACUAAUGUUAAUGAAGGCCAUCGAUGAUCCCGAUCCAAAAGUAAAUCAAAUAGCAAAAAGCACUUCCUCUAUAUUGUUCCUUGGUACACCGCAUCGGGGCUCAUCUAUUGCUAAAUGGAAGCAACACAUGCAAAUGAUACUCUCCCCUUCCAUUGAAGUGAAAGAGAUGGAAGAAGGAGCACCAAAAUUAAUUGCAAUGCACAAUCGCUUCAUGGAUUGCCUCAACACAUGUUUCCGCAAUGUAAAAGUGGUGACCAUUGCCGAAGGUGCACCCACAAUGCUAACAUCCUUCAAAUUUCCACUACGCAUUGUUACAGAAGAUUCCGCCCGCAUUGAUUAUGGUGACUUCUACGUGCUAAAAGAUGAUCAUCUUAGUCUGUCCAAGCCAAUAUUCCGUCAGUCAUUCCUUUAUCAGCGUGUCCUAAAGGUGAUUGAAGAUUCAUUGCAAGAGGUUGAGGGGCCAACUGAAAAGGUAGAAUUACCGGGUACGAAAUUCAAGGUUGAAGCAAUCAAAACACCAGCGAGCGGCAGUUUAGUGGAUAAAGUGCGCAGUAUUUUCGCAGCAGUGCCACAAAUAUCCAUAAAUUUUCCCAAUGCGCAUUGUGAGCAGUCAAAACGCGAUUAAAGAAUGUACUGAUUUGUUUUUUUUUUACACCUAUUGCAAAACGCAGUAAUGAAGUGCAAAUUUUAAGCUACUUUUAAGUAUUUUAUACAUAACAAAAUUUUAUAGCUUAUGUAAAUUUGAUUAUAGCUGAACUCAUGUCAUUGUGAUUGAGAUUGGCAGUCAUUUCUUUCAAAAGGUCUUUUGUACUUAAAAUCACGCAGAUUUUUCACUCACAAUUCUAAAUUAUUACUCAUACACACAUUCAAUUUAUAGACUUGACAAUAAUUUUGUAAUAUAAUAUGUAUUCAUAGUUUUAGAAUGUAAGUUUGUAUUUCAGCUCUUUGGCAUGGCCAAAAUACAAAUACGAAAUACAUAUUCCGUUUAUAAACCCAGUGUCAUAGUAGCAUAUACAUACAUAUGUUGUAAUCUCUAUGAGCUUAUCGAAUUAGACAUUUAAUCCGAAUAGGCAAAUAUUCGCUCAAAUAAAGCAUUAAGAAGCUUGUGUAA